ACUGCUUUCUUGUUCACAAAUAAGAAUUGUUCAAGUUUCAUUUUUAAGGCCAAACACACAAAAAUUCAUCUUGUCAUGAGUUGAAAAUUUUUGCUUAGUCCAUAGAUGACUCGCCUUGUGGCAUUUCUAAUUGUCAUUCUCUUAGUUUCAAGAUCAAUCAUGCCUCAGAUGCCACAAGAUUUCAUUGAUUGUUUGAAUGUGCUAGUAUACUUCAGCUCAUGCAUAGGAUUUAUCAAUGGACGACUGCAAGAACCAACAUGGAAUUGUUGUAUGGGAGUACAAGAACUCAAUAGGUUAGCAACGCAGAAUAAUGAUAUGCAGAGGAUUAGUCAAUGUAUUGAACUUGAUGCAAGAUUAGGAGAUCCACCUUUCCUUCUUGCCAAUAUCAAUGCUCUUCCAAUCAAGUGCCAAACGCAUCUCAGCUUCCCCAUUUCUAUCAUAAAGGAUUGCUCCAAAGUUCAGUAAACUGAUGAACUAAGCCGAAGACCUCUUGAUGGAGACUGUAGUAUGAAACUGAUAAGAUGGAUAAAGCAUUCAAAGAAACUUAUUAUUGUUAAUCUAUAUUAGAAAGACAAAAGAACAAGUGUUAUAUUUUGUAAUUACGUUAACAGCCUUGAUUUAUACCAUACUCAUUAGGAAAUGCAAAAUGAGUUUUCAGACCCUCGUAUUCCAUGGUUCUUUACUGCUGGAGAAGACAGAAGCAAUAAAAAGUAGUUUAUCAAGGUGUUAGAGACACCAUAACUUGGUUAUAUUCCAAGUGUGACACCUCUUACCCGUCUACAGUAUAGCCAAACAAGACAUGCCACACAGUAUGCUGGAACACCAUAUUUUAUCUCAUUUACAUAUUUUUCA